CCUUCAAUGAAAGCUGAGACGGGGGGACGCUGGCUGCUGGUCCUCAAAUCCACUCCGAGCUCGGACACGAACGCUCUUUGCGGCUCGGUUGUGCCGCAUCAGUUUCACCUUGUGCGGAACUUUUAUCAUCCAAGUCACCAGCUGUAGCGCGUUUAGAUCUGUGACUUUCCAAAAUACCCCAAAAGACAACUUGGAUAGUUUCCCCCCCCUGCCCACUUUCCUCUUAUUGCAGGUGGUCUCGUGUUGUAAGAGGGGACUCCCCUGGUGAUGAAAUGUCUUUUUGGAGAUAGGUGCCACUUUUGGAAAAGUUUUCCACAACUGUGACUCUUUUUUUUUCUGGUGCAAUCUUUGCGUUCGGCUGGUCAUGGCUCUCCUCUCCCGCUCUGUGUUCGUGCUGCUGUACGGAUGGAGUUAUCUUUGCGUCGGAUACUGCGCGAUGCUGAAAACGGACAGUGUCUCCGACAGACGGAAGGUGGAUUUUACGCAUCCGGAGGAUACUAAGCGGCCCGGGAAAGACGACCGGGAGCUGCUUUUACAGGAUACAAUGACGGAGCACAUGCAGACGCUUUACACCAAGUACAACCGCGCUGGCUUUCCCUUCAAGGACGGCAACACCGUGCGCAGCUUCAAAGCGCACUGGGGUACGAUAAACACGAAGCAGCUGCAGAUUUUCAACCUCACCUCCCUCACCAAGUCGGAGGACGUUCUGUCCGCCACGCUUCAUUAUUACAUCGGAGACCUUCAGAACAGCACCUGCUCCCGGUCCAGAAGCUGCGCUCGCCACGGCCCCCGCAGGCACAACCACAUCCACAUGGUCAUCUGGAGCUUCGCCUCUGUGGAUGACAAGAUAAGGACUCUCGGACACUUUCGGAUCAACGUGUCCACCCUCUACAGGGACUUCAUAUCCUGGCAGUGGAAGGACGUCACGCGCGUGGUGGACCAGGCCAAGCACCACGACGAGCUGCUCAUCGGGAUCGACGUGGCUUCGCAAGGGCCCCAGCCCUGGAAGGAGCUGCUGUCCGACCGCUCGCCCUACAUCCUGGUCUACGCCAACGACUCGGCCAUCUCCGAACCGGAGAGCGUGGUGGCCACGCUGCAGAGGCACCACCCGGUGGGAGGGGAGGCCCGCAGGCUGGGGCCGCGUGAGCGGAACCACACGGAACACGAGCUGCAGCCGCCGCCGCCGCCACCCAGGGGCAAGCGCUCGGUCAACGUCCUGCUGCCCCUGCAGAACAACGAGCUGCCCGGGCCCGAGUACCCCUACGAGGCGCCCGGGUGGGACGAGGCGAGUCCGUACGAGCCGUUUCAAAACAAGCAGGCCCGCCGGCCACGCAAGAAGACGCGCAAGAACCCGCGGCACAAGGUGCCCCUGCUGCAGUUCGACGAGCAGACGAUUAAAAAGGCGCGAAAGAAGCAGUGGAACGAGCCCAGGAACUGCGCCCGCAGGUACCUGAAAGUGGACUUCGCCGACAUCGGAUGGAGCGAGUGGAUUAUAUCCCCCAAGUCGUUCGAUGCCUACUACUGCUCAGGGUCCUGCCAGUUCCCCAUGCCCAAGGCCUUGAAGCCCUCCAACCACGCCACCAUCCAGAGCAUCGUGCGGGCGGUGGGCGUUGUCCCCGGCAUCCCGGAGCCGUGCUGCGUCCCGGAGAAGAUGUCUUCCCUCAGCAUCCUCUUCUUCGACGAGGACAAGAACGUGGUGCUGAAGGUCUACCCCAACAUGACCGUGGAGUCAUGCGCCUGCAGAUAGUCCGCUUCCAUCGCGCCGCUCAACGCCCCAAAACUCGCAGAAAAGAAAAAGAAACAUCCACACAUGCAGCCCAAGGAAGGUAAACUGUAACGGAGACACGUGGGAUGGAGGACGUGAAGAGACACAAGAACUGAAGGAAAUGUCUCAGACUCGUCCCGACGCCUCCUUCUCGGCCUGAAGGCGUCUCUCGGUUACCGAGGCUCGCGCUUGCAUGGUCUUUGUUACUCUCUGUGUGUAUUUAUGUCUGUACUAUCACUGUGUUAUUCACUAUAUGAGCAGUUAUUGUGUAAUUAUCGGCUUGGCUGCUAUAAAGAGAUAUAUUGGAUUCCAAAGCCAGGCUUGUGACGUACAGCAGGUCUUUGUGUUUUCAUCACUAUGGUCAGAACACGCGCUCACAGUUUAUUAUAGGAUGACUUGGAUAGGAGACCCAUAAUACCUUUUUUGGCCAUUUAUUUUUGUAAGCAGUCUACACAUGUGAUUUUAAAAGAUAAAAGGAUCGGCAUAUCGAAGGCUGAGGUUAAACCACAGGGUUAUAAAAUCCAUCUGAUGAGCUCAGACAGAAGUAAAAUGAGUCGUUGCUUUGGAGGUUUUAAUGAGCCUGAUAUCUGUUUUUUUGGCAUUGUUGAAAUUCAAAACAUGUUAGAUGGAUAUACACAAUGUAAUUCAUCAAGAAAUUGUUAUAAACUGCCAGAAUGCUCGUAUUCAACAACAAAAAAGUCGGUGUCAAGUCCACGUCCACUGCUGGUCUGGAAUGAGUCUUUUGUGCCUUCCUGCAUGUCAGUUUUCACUCUAAUUUUCAGCAAGUUGAUCAGAACAUAAAAUCUACUGGUGAAUUUGUGUUGCUGGGUCACGUACGCCUUUAAUAUUACUGUAAAGAGUCGUUGUUGCAUGAAUCCUUAUUUGAUGCCGUCAGGCCAGCGUUGAACAUCAGGACGAGCAGUUACCACGUCGUCCAUCAAUGUCAGAGCUCAUGAAACCAAAUAUUUAUUCAGAAGAAAUCUUCUGAAAUCCAGCAGCACCAAUGUUUCAUUCCAUGGACUUGUAUAUUGUUUUUGUACAUAGCGUCUCUUUUUAACGGGUGGUUUUCUGCUUUUGAACUGCGCUCCGUUUCUAAUGAAGUUGAAGUGGAAGCGAGCAGAUGGUUAAAAACGUCUGCAAUGAGUGAACAAAGUGCAUUUUCUUUUGUAUGAAUAGUAUGAAUUUACUCUCAAAUGUAUUUUCAAUCAUUUCAUUUCAGAGACAUUUUUUUUUGUCGAUAGCGAAGGGCCGAUUUUCUGACUUUAUAUAUUUUGUACUGACACAUCUUUCCUCACACCUGCAGUUCUUCUCUGUUCAGUCCCAUCAUGUAAAUGUCGUGCUGUAGGCAGAACAAACUAAACACAAACGCUUGUACAAUAAGCUUCAUAAAAUAUAUUUGUAUAUGGAAAUUACCCUUUAACAUCUAUUUAUUUUCUGUAUGUUGCAUAUCUUGUACAGGUGUGGUCUGUUUAAAGCCCC